CUCCCUCCCUUUCACAAAGGCAAAGUAAUGGAGCCACCCGUCAACACUAAAUGCACUGAGGCUCAAACCAGCACGUCCUACUCCACAAACACUCCAUCACAACCAAGCUCACGCUCGGAGAAAGUUGGAGCGCCGGAGCGCGGUCCUAGGGAGCCCAAGAAGCAGAAGGCUCAGCCUGGGGACGGCCCGAGUUACCGUGGGGUACGGCGGCGCCAAUGGGGCCGGUGGGUGUCUGAAAUCAGGGAGCCGAGGAAGAAGUCCAGGAUCUGGCUGGGGACGUUCCAGACGGCGGAGAUGGCGGCCCGGGCCCACGACGUGGCCGCCCUCACGAUCAAGGGCCGGUCGGCCCACCUCAACUUCCCCGAGCUGGCCGAGCUGCUCCCCCGGCCCGCGAGCAAGUCGGCCAAGGACAUCCAGGCGGCCGCGGCCCUGGCCGCUGCGAUCGGCGCCCCUCGGAACAAUGGAGGAGCCGCAGACGCCGCCGCGGGGGAGGCCGCGGCAGAGUCCUUCGACACCCAGGAGUCAGCCAGCUCGCCGCUGGACGACGUGGACGACACGUUCAUCGACCUGCCGGACCUUCUGCUGGACUUCGGCAACAGAAUGGAUGAGCUCUGCAUGUCGUUCGCAUGGCAGGAGGAAGACGGCACGAGAUUCAGCCACGGAGACGACCACCCUUUCCUCUGGAAUUAGCCAUCAUUACCAGCUGACAGUCGGGGAUUGAGCCGAGAGCUUCAGACCGAGACACGAAAGCAACCUCAAUUAGCUUCCGAAAGAAGAAAAAUGAAUGAUUGUUGUGUACAUGCGAGUUCCAGUUGAAUCG